AUGAUUCACAAUCAUCGAAUGUUGGUUAGUGCAUCAACUAAUCCAAAUGUGAACACAAUCGAUAAAAAUGUACUAAAACAAUUACUUAAUAAAGAAAUUGUAUAUCGUCAUAAAGCAAUAAGAAUCAUAGCUGAGAUAUGUAAAGAAGAAACUCAACGAAAAGAAUGUAUUUCGUAUGAUUUUUUCACACCGUUAAUCGACAUAUUUGAAACGGGAACAUUACAAGAACAAAUUGAGAGUUGUCGAGCUGUGGGAAAUAUGUGUUACGAAAAUAGUGAUGGAUGUGAAUUGAUGGACAAAUCGAUUGGUCUUCAACGUUUGCUUGAUUUAUGUCGUAUUUCUUGUAAAACAAAUGAUAAAGAAGGCGCACAAUUGCGCAUGAUGACGUUGGGUGCAUUACACAAUAUUGUCAAUUCGAAUGAAUACGAAAAUUUAUUAUCAAGUCGUUUUCUCUUCUCCAUUGGCGAUACAUUAUCUGAAUCAGUGAUAUAUGAAAAUCGAGCAAUAUUAUUGCCGUAUUUUUUAGAAGCAGCAGAAGAAGAUAGUAUGAAAGCUGAAUUGUGUUCUUCAUCAUUGUAUUUUAAAUUAAUCACAUUAUGCGAACAGUAUGCGGGAAAAGAUGAAGAAUUUCUUAGAGAAACAUGUUAUAUACUAAUUUUAUUGAUUACAACAGACAAAGCAAUCGAUCAUCUUCUAUCUCGUCCGGAACGCGACUUACUUGAAUGUGGUAUCAAAUGGUUAGAGACAGAUAAUUUACAGCUAAAUAUGACUGGUGCAUUGAUAAUAACAAAUUUGACACGUAAUGAUCAAGCAGCUACGGGAAUUUUAUUAGAUGCCCGUCAACCACAUUUGAAAUUAGUUCAACGUUUACAAUUAUUUUCAAGUCAGUUACAAAAUCAGCUAGCAUCAAUGAGUGAUGAGCAAGCAAAAGUGGCACAUGGCGUAUUAGGAGCAUUAAGAAAUCUUGCAGUACCUAAAUCUAAUCAUGUACUGUUAAUCAAUAAUGAUGUAGCAGAUGUGGUUAUCCCCUACAUGUUUAGUAGACAUUUCGAUGGUGAAAUAGCAUACAAGGCCACUGGAGUAUUGAGAUUUCUAUUACGUGAAGCAAAAGAAACGACAAAAUUAUCAUUAUUCGAUGAUAAAAUACUUACACAAAUUGUUGAAAAUGGAAACGCCCAUCAUCUUGGACUUCAAUUUGAAGCACGACGUGUUCUGUUUCUGAUGCCAAUAGCUCUAAGAACAACCGAUGCUAUAAAAGCAAUGGCACGCACAAAUUCAUUUCCCUUGAUAUUAUCAACAAUAGCGUCAUGUGAAGUACAAAAUCGUAGUUUAGUACAGAAUGAAGCAUUAGUUGCAUUGAAUAUCAUUUUGAUUAUGAGCGAUGAAAAUGUGCGACAAAAACUAAUUGAAGCCAAUUUUCAUGAAAGUGUAAAACAAUUUUUAAAUCAAGAUAUUCAACAUGAUGAAGUAAUUAACAAUAUCUUACAAAUGAUUCAUUUAGUUCAAAAAUAUGAUCAAUUUCUUACCAGUGAACAAAUUCUUGAAUAUGGACCGUUAUUGCAAAAGCUUCGUGCAAGUCAAAACUCUUCUAAAGACAUUUAA